GCAUAGCCUUAUCAAAAAAAGAAAAAGAAAAUAAAGAACGUUAUGGUACUCACAGUAUGGACUAGGAGACUGCUAAGAGUGGUGACGUGGGUUUGGAAUGUGCAGGCAGCAAUAGUGCAAUAGUAUCGUUCGAUCGUUCGCACGACCGUUACUUCAGAGCAAGUUACUUGAGGAAUACGAUGAAGGAAGAGAAGGGACUGAACGCGGAGCCGGCGACGGAGCGUCCGGUUAGAGUAUAUGCAGAUGGAAUUUACGAUCUCUUCCACUUCGGUCACGCCCGUUCUCUCGAGCAAGCCAAGAAACUGUUUCCAAACACAUAUCUUCUUGUUGGAUCCUGCAAUGAUGAAGUCACCCAUAAGUACAAGGGCAAGACUGUUAUGACUGAUAAAGAGCGCUGUGAAUCGCUUCGUCACUGCAGAUGGGUUGAUGAAGUUAUCCCUGAUGCACCUUGGGUGAUCACGUCGGAGUUCCUUGACAAGCAUCAGAUUGACUAUGUGGCUCACGACUCUCUUCCCUAUGCUGAUGCAAGUGGAGCUGGCAAGGAUGUCUAUGAAUUUGUCAAGUCCCUUGGAAAAUUUUGGGAAACAAAACGGACUGAUGGGAUCUCUACAUCAGAUGUUAUAAUGAGGAUUCUUAAAGACUAUAACCAGUACGUGAUGCGUAACUUGGACCGCGGAUAUACUAGGAAGGAACUAGGUGUUAGCUAUGUGAGGGAAAAGCGGUUGAAGGUGAACAUGGGACUUAAAAGGUUGCGUGACAAAUUGAAGGAACAGCAAGAGAAAGUGGGUCAAAAGGUAGCAACUAUUGUCAUGGUCAGGCAGAUACAAAUAGUAGCAAAAACUGCUGAACUGCAUCAUAAUGAAUGGGUGGAGAAUGCUGAUCGAUUGGUUGUUGGGUUUCUUGAGAUGUUUGAGGAAGGCUGCUAUAAAAUGGGAACGGCAAUCAAGGAACGAAUCAAAAAGCGAUUGAGAGGGCCACAGCUUAUAGGGUUUGUAUUCGAUAAAGCAGAGUGUGAUGGUUUUUUCUGUGAUGAUGAGAGUGGAGAAGAAUAUUAUGAUGAUGCUGACAAAUGGUAAGUUUUUGUGUGGCUAUAUAUGUUCAUUGAGAUUUGCUACUCGUAAGCUUCACUUGAACGUGAUGGUACAGAAGACGGAGGAUAGAGUUUGUUCGGAAAAUUUCUGCCUGGUUUCAGACAAAUGAUAUCCAUUUGCUAUGCAUGAUCAAAAGAUAUUAUCCUACAAUAACCUUUUUUUGUGUUUCCCUGCCACUUAUUUGUAAUUUUUGUUUUUCUGUUUUUUACAGUAAAAUGUGAAUAUUCGAGUAUUUGAAUCAGAGAUAUAGAUAUAUAGUUAUUUCAAAAAA